UCGCGGUGUGAAGGGUGUACGUUGAGUUCAUCCUGAAUAAACAAUAAAUACAUCACUUACAAACCACCGAAUCCACAAGAACACUUCCGGUGCAUAAAAAACUGCAACCGUUCAUUUUAAUUCAGCUUAUUUCCAUGCACUAUUCCCGCGUUGAACGUUAAAAAGUAUGUGACAGUUAAGUGUAGUUUCGUUUCUUCGAAUCCUGUAUUGCCACCACAACUUGGAAGAAAAAUAAAGGUCCAAGAAAUAAACUGUCCCGUUUCGAGAUCCCUACAACCUACGACCCGAGGAACAAAACUAGAUUUCUCACCUAUUAGUCACGCAUCUGAUAACGUCAAUCCUAAAUACAGAUAAGGCUACUCAUCACCUAAUAAUGCCACCGAGCCAGUCGAUAUAGGCGAUAAGGAGGAUAAUGAACAGUUGUUAGUCGCGAAAUGGUCGCGAUGAGAACGCCACAGCGCGCGCGAGGCGUCUCGGACGCCCUCACAACCAAAAACGGUCGAUUGCGCUCGAAUCUGGCCUGCCUGGCGGCCACCUGCGCCAUCCUCUUGGCCACCGUCGCGGUAUCGGACGGCGGCUUCGCCAACAGCAUCGACAGGAUAACCAAGAACCUGGACGUUGCCCUGCAGGAUCUCAUGGACGACCUACCCAAGUACAGCAACUUCACCGAGAGCCGGGAGUACGUCAGCGCGGCCACGUUCAACCCCGUGGGGAUGGCGGGGCUGUACAACAUCACCGGGAAGUUCAUGGAUCUAGUGCUGGAGCCGGAUUUCCUCAUGGAUGGUUUGGUCACUGUAAAGAACGGGAACAUAAACUUCCAAACUGACGCCCAGAUCUCGGAAAUCCUGAAGUACUACUGGGGUGUCCUGUUGGUCGUCGCCAUCCUGGUCUUCCUGGCUAUACUGAUACCGACGUGCGGCCUAUUCUUCUGCUGCUGCAGGUGCUGUGGCAAUUGCGGCGCCAGGUCACAGCCCUGCGACAAGAAACGGGACCUCUGCAAGAAGAUCCUGCAGGGCACCCUGCUGAUCAUCCUGGGCACGGCCUUACUGUUUUGUGUAGUGUGUGCGUUUUCGAGUAACCAACAGCUUCAAGACGGUGUCGAUGGGUUGCCCAAACACCUACAGAAUGCCAGACUGGACACCGACACAUAUCUCGAUAGUACAAAGGAUCAGGCGAGACAUUUGCUGGUUACGAAUUACCAAGAGUUUUCCGAAGUUUUCAGUAACACCAUGAACAAGAGCAGCGAGUAUGUCAUGGACCAGCUGAAGAUUUGGAGCAACGCCACUGCCAUGAUGGACCUGUACGCCUUCGUACGCAAUAUGCCCGUGAUUCAAAAGUCCCUGGAGACACUGAAAACUGACACGAACACUCUUAGAGCGUCUGCUUCCCAGUUAAAUGACGCGAUGCGAAAAGUGAAGAGGGACCUAUUGAUCACCCUGGAGAAGUGCAAUAUCGUCGAGUGCAAGAAUAUCAAAAGCAACAUCAGUCAACUCCAGACGAACAUAGAUUUUAACAGGCUGCCAGAUGUGUCGCCGACAAUAAACCGUAUAAACGAGUUAAAUCUGACGCAAAUAGAGAGUGCGGCCAAAGAGGGACACGAAAAAUUGAGGAAUAUUGAGCAACAAAUCAGCGAGAGAUUGGACGACACUUUGAGCAGUGCGAAAGAGAAGGUUAACGAAGCAGGAGUUACGAUCAAGAAUAACCUGGACAACAUAACCAGCGUGAUAUCGGACGUUCAAGAUCAGAUCGGUGGUUCGAUCGAUCCCGUGAUUCGUGAUUUAAACAAUUAUAUCAGGGACUACGGCCAAUAUAGAUACUACGGGGGCUUGGCGAUCAGUUGCAUCUUGUUGCUGGUGACGAUCUGUAUCGCUCUCGGUCUCAUAUGCGGUAUUUGCGGGAAGAGACCCGACAGGUACAACGACAAUUGUUGCAACAAAGGCGCCGGCAGCCAGUUUCUCAUAUGCGCUGUCAUGUUGAUGUUCAUUUUCGGCCUAGUACUGGCCGCGGUAACCCUUCUUAUGUUCGGGACGGGCCUAUCGUCGGACAGGGUCGUCUGCUAUCCAUUGAGGAACCCCGGCGAUUCCAAAAUCAUGAACCUGUUGGACGAAUACCUGACGCAGGUCUCGAGCCUCAAAGACUUUUCUUUCAAGACUAGUUUAAUCAACUGCUACCAGAACGAGAGCAUCUACAACGUCCUGAAUUUGAGGUCGCAGUUCGACGUCGACACCAUCAGCAAUAAGUUCGACAUAUCGAACUUCCUGGAUCAGAUGUACUCGCAUCUGAACGGUAUUCUUGACGAGGAUUUCGAGAUCUUGAGUCCGGAAAAUUUGAGGACUCUGGAAGAUCUGAAGGACUUCGAUCCCAGCAUCAAUUUCGACCAGUUCCAGGACGAGUUGAAGCAGAACUUCACCAACCUGAGCCUCAACGAGAUCUCCAAGAAGCUGGGGGAGCUCGUCGUUAACAUUCAAGAUCAAGGCGAUUUAGACGACGUGAAGACCGAGGUGCAGCUCAGUAUUCUGCAUAUAAACACGUACGACGAGAAGCUGCUGCAGCCCAUGAAGGAGCUGGCCAACAAAGUCAUCGAUAUAUCCAAGCAGCUGGACACGGACCUGAAGAUGAACUCGAGCAGUUUUUCGGAGGCGAUAGACAAGCUGCUGAAUGAGAUUCAAGAAGCGCAAACAGUUUUGAGGAAGGAAGGAGCCGAUAUUUUGCAAAAGGUGGCCAAGGAGUUUGGGAACAUGGUGCUCAACCAAGUCGACAGUUUUUUGGACCGAGUGACCUACGUUAUUAAGGAAGAGUUUGGACAGUGCGGACCGAUGAAUGCGGCCAUAAACGCCACUCUCACUGCCGCUUGCGACAAAAUCAUUUUACCGUGGAAUGGAUUUUGGCUGAGUUUGUUGCUGUCUCUAGUGUUGUUCAUACCGACCAUCAUCGUUUCCGUGAAAUUAGCUUCGCUCUACCAGAAGUACAAGCAGUUCGGCGGGCAAUACGUCGAAACUGAAUAUUUGUAUGACGCGUAUGCUGAUCGCGGCGAUAAUAUUCCCUUGAAUGGUAGAGGAGGCAAACGGGGAAAGAAAAAAGGAAAAAAGUCCAAGUACUAUGAGGACCGCCCGCAAAACAUGGGCGGCGAUGUGGUGUCCCGGGAGCACGCUACGGGCUCGCAUCCGCCGGACACCCGGUAUUCCGACAUGGCUCCAAAGCACUGGGAGGAAUUUCCUAACGGUGGCCCCCCGCAAUAUCAAAGAGCUCCGACUGAAUACGAGAGGCCGCCGCCCUACUACUAUCCGGGCACUGGAGACCAAUAAAUCUGUGGCGCUAGAUAGACUGAAAUGAGAUUACAAGGAUUGAAACAGACUGACUAUGGUGUGCAUGGCUCUGUGACAUCACAUACCACAAAAAAAAAAUCUAGAUUUUAACUAUACUACAUGUAUCAAAGCUCAUUUUUUUUAGAGAACAGGAACAAAUGGUGUGUAGAACCACCAUCGGCAUUUCCCAUUUUUGCUCAAAUUUCUGCAAAAAUUUUGAAAUGUUAACAGAACAAUCAGCCUUUGACGGUUAUUUUGUUUUAAAAUAGUUGUGAUAUUUUGUUUGUGUGUUAACUUGUUUGGUUUUACGGAAUUUUUUUUUUUUUCGAUACGAAAUGCCUCUCCCGGCACUUGCUGUCUGUUACGUACGGUUAUUUUGUUAAAGUUAAAAAGUUUUGCGUGCCGAUGGAGGCGUUUCGUAAGUUACGUUUAAUAUCGAAGGAAAACUAAAACUCAUAUUUUCUUAAAAGAUGCAGGAUAUAUUUAUUUGACUCAUUUGGAAUAUUGUGCUCAAUUUCACGAACAAAUAGUUAUUUUUCUAAAAUAAUGUAGGGAGAAUUUAAAUUUUAUCUUAGCCGUAGCGUAAAAUAUUUUAUGUAAUUCGACCCGUAAAGUGAGGAAUAUUAGCAAAUGUAAAAUCAAUGCAAUUACGUGUUUAUCAAAUCGAUGUAGGUACCGAUUGUUUUCUUUACAUAGAAACAAAAAACUGGUAUUUUUGUGUAUAUAGAUAUUUUCAUAUUAUGAAUGUUAUAACGUUUAAAUUUUUUAUAAAAGUAGGUAAAGGUUUUUCUAUUACUCGUAAAUGUUCAAAAUUUUCGUACACCACUGAAAUUUCGUUGGGCACAAAAUGUGUAACAAAUAUGGGUGUAAUAUUUACGAUAAUAUUCCAAAUAUCAUAUUCCACUAUGUGUAUAAACAUUUCUGUGUUCAUUUUUCAUUUGUGCUCAAUUUUUAUAGUAAUAUGAAUUGAAGCCAAAUUUUGCCAUAUAUAUUCUACUAUAUUAUAAAUGUAUUUAUUAUUAUUAGUGUUAAAUGAAAUAAUUCCAA